CGAGGCGGAAAAGCAGCGGAUGUUUUGGGACUCAAGGGAAAAUGUCGAAAAAGUCAAAAAAGAGAAAGCGCAAGAAGUUGUCCUCAUCCUCCAGUGAAGAUGAGAAGGCAUCCAAAGAGCAAGAUGCAACCAGCCGUCUCAAAAGUGUCAAGAGGAGGCAUGAGAGCUGUGCUGCAAAACAGGAAAAUUCUGGUUCUUCUACCGUUAAAGAUGAUUCCCAAAGCACCCGCCAGAUCAAAAAGCCUGUCUACAGACUGGCAACAACACAAGCAUCAGACAAGAAACCUGUUAAUAAGGCAGAAGAAUGUACAAAAACAAAAAAUGUCUCUUUACCGUUCCACGGGGGAAAUUCCUCUGUUAAAGCAAAGCAUUAUAUUUCAGGGAAAGACAAUACUGUCAGUAGGAGUAAGACUUUGGAAAGGGGAACCUCAAAACCCCUGAGCACUGACACUCCAUGUGCAGUUCCUCAGAAAACAGAGAGGAUCUCUAAAGGCAGAUUAGAUGAAGAGUAUUCCCGGAGGAGUGAAUCAAAAUUAAAAAAGCUAAUGAGUGCCAGUUUGGCCUCUGCUGAACAGAAAGAAGAGAGGCAGAAUGCACAGAAGAAGCACAGAACUGAGGAGUCACAAAGGACUGGAAAUGACAGCAACACUAUCAAAGAUUCGUCAAGGCAGAAGAGAAGGGAGCUGGUCAAAAGAAUUAGCCAAAGGCAUCGAGAAAAUGAGUUUACGUCCAAAAGAAGCCUGUGUACAGAAACAAAAACUCGCUCUGCCUCCACCACAAAUCAGUCUUCCACUUCAGCCAAGCACACUACCUCAGAGAGUAGCUCAAAGGUGUUGAAGAAUGUCAUUUCAAUCCCAAGGACUGUCACAUCAGUGUCACAUAAGACAGCUCAGUCAUCAUCUUCUCAGCAACAAAUAGAUUCUCUCACAUCACCUCUGCCUCCCAACUUUAAGAUACCAAAAAAGGUACAACCAAGGCCAGUGGAUGGCAUUGGCAAUGAUAGUGAUGCUAUUUCUGCAAACAAAAAUCUCAAUUAUGGGACUGAGCUUUCACACUCUGGGGACUCAAUAAGAAACUCCAAGCAAGAAACAGUCCUGCAACAUCACAGCUAUUUGGAUGUAACUCCCAGUUUUUCAUCUGAAGGACAAGAUAAGAGUUCAUCCAUGUCUCGCCAACUCCCAACUGUGUUCAAUACUACAACUGAGCCGUGGUAUGACCAGAUGCAAGUUGUUGAAGAGCUUCAUCUUGCCCGCACUGAGAAGAAAUUAGAGGUGAAUGUAAUGCAGAGCUAUGGAGAACUGACCUGUAUGGACAUAGACCCCCCAGAAGAGGGAGCUAAAGAUGCAUACUGCAAACAGUCCACUCAGCAAAACCUAAUCCUGGUUCUGGACACCAACAUUCUCCUCAGUCACCUGGAUUAUGUGAAAAAGAUCAGGUCUCAUGGCUUUGGAGCCCUGGGCUUCCCUGUUGUCCUGAUUCCCUGGGUGGUACUUCAGGAGCUGGAUUCCUUAAAAAGGGGGAAAGGCCUGUCAGGUUCUGUGGCACACCUGGCCAUUCCCGCCAUCUCGUACAUUUACAACUCUUUGAAGAGCCGGGAACUGCACCUCUGGGGGCAGUCAAUGCAGCAGGCCGCCGAGAUCAGCGAUGGUCUGAAUGCUGAGAAUAAUGAUGACAGAGUGCUGCAGUGCUGCCUGCAAUACCAAAGCCUGUACCCAGAGUGUGCUCUCAUCCUAUGCACUAAUGAUAAGAACCUAUGCAGUAAAGCCCUCCUGAGUGGGGUGAAGGCCCUCAGCAAAAAUGAUUUGGAAGCAGAGGUUGGGAGAUCCAGAUAUGGCCUUGACCCUCUGCAAAACACUGGGACCGCCAUGCUGCCUCACGCAAACCCUCAGAUCUCAUCACCGGUGCAGAGCAGGAGUUGCACACCAGCCCAGCCACACAGUCCAAAGAGAACUGGCCUCUCUGUAGGACGCAUAAUGAAAUAUAGCCAGCAGCUCAGUGAAGGAGAAGAAGAGAAGACAAAAUGCGACCUUAGCAAAUGUGUUUCUGAACUAGAGGACAGCCUGCAGGAGGUGCUGUCUGACGUGUUAGAGGUGGAGAUGAAGGCUGCUUACGAAGACCUCUGGUUAGAGAUAGUUUAUGUAAAACCACCCUGGAAUCUUCAGGAUGUCCUGCAUUGUUUCAAAAAGCACUGGAUUGCUGUGUUUGGGCAGAUUGUCCCACGGAGGAAGCAGCAAAUUGUUUUAAAUCUAAUCGAAUUCUUCAACUCAGGUAAAACAAUAGACUGUGGUGCUACCUUAACAGCCCUUCAAGAAGCUAAGGAGCUUGUAAAAGCGUUUGAGAAAAGUUCAAGCCGUGUUCCCAGUGCCAUUUCUGUAAUGGACAACAUUUUCAAUAAGCUACAACCUCAGGGAGAAACUCCUGCCUGUGAUGUUGUCAUGAAUGAUGAUGACGAUGAUGAAGACAAACAACCCACGUCUGCUCAGGUCUCUCAUCAGGAAGUGUGGGCCCUGUUUGAGAACAUCUGGUCUAAUGUGUAUCAGAUAAGCUUGGAAGUGUUCAAAGUGCUGGGCUUUGACCCUCACACCAUGCAGAGUGCUCAGCCAGCGGGAUGCCCUCCACCACAACAGGACGCCUUGGCUUGUUUGCACAGACUGUCCUCCAUGGUCUCACAGCUGCUCCAAGCUUUCAGCAGCAUCUUGUCCUCAGCCCCUGGUUUGGAGGAAGUCCAGACACUGCUCGGCAUCAUCCACUCUAAUAAGAUUGUUAAUGUGGAUUCCAGAUUGACAGCUGUAGACCUACUUGAUUGUUUCUCACAACAGGACUACAGGGAGAAGCUGAGAGUCGGAGGGAUCCAGUUAAUGGAGCUAAAAGCGGCCCUGGAUCGUUGUGUUGGGGCCACAGGUCAAAACCUCACCUUGACCACGUAGCCCAGAAUGGAGCAGUGUCAGGACGUUUGCACAGCAGCCAAACAGAUGCCUUGAAUGAACUGAUUCCUUGAAGUAAAAACUGUAAGUUUUCUUUUAUUGUACCUCCUGCAACUGUACCUGUUUACAUUUUUUUUAAUUCCCAUGCAUAAAAAUGUUUCUUGUGACAGACAUUAUUGUUCUAUUUGCCUGAAUGAAUGGUUGUCUGUAGAUUGUUCUCCAUUAUUCCAAAGGGAAAAAACAUUUGUUAAACAGCUUGUAUUUUCUGUAUCACACGGUUUUCCACUAAGUAGAGUCCUGUUUUCUAUGUUCUCCAAUAUUGUGACAAUGGAGCAGUGAUUUAUCUUUUUUUUUAUAUUUCAGGUGUGCUUUGGUUCAGUAAGUCUAUCAAGAUUUAUGCACAUUAGAUAUUUUAUUUUGAUAAAGGUCAUUAGUUAAUCACAGCGCUGGUUUUCAUUAUUGCUACUUAAAUGUAUAUAUUUGCUUUUGACAGUUUGUUAUAUAGUGUACACAUACAGAAUUUGGGAUAUUUAUUUAGUGAUAUUUUUGACCAUAUGAAUGAUGCAACAAUGUCUGAAAUCCUAGGUGCACCACCCCUCACAGCCACCACACUCCCGGCCCACUGUGACAAUUGACAGCUGUUUUAUGACUAUACUUAACUAUAUUUUAAUGUGUGUUUCCUAUUUUUCAACCCAAACCCUGUUAAAUAGUUGUUUUCCAUUAUUUAUGAUUGUCCAACUUCACCGAAAGCUUCAGUUUAAAAAAGCUUACUAGGCUUAAAGGAAUAGUUUAAUAUUUUGGUAGAUAUCUAAAUCAAGCACUUUCUUGCUUGAGUUAAAUGAGAGGAAUAAUACCACUCUCACAUUAGUCUGUGAAAUAUGAAGCUUCAGCAAAGAGCUGAUUAAUCACAGAUAACUAAAUCUGCCUACCAGCUCACUGAAUAACACGUUACAUCUACAUCUCAUUUCUUUCAUCCACACAAAAACCAAAGUGAUAUUUUUUCUCUUGAGAUUUGAAUUGGUUGAUGAUGUGAUCGAACCGCAGAGUAACUGAGGUUACAAAUUGGGCAAAUAACCCCCGUAAACCCAAACCUUUUCAUGGUUUAAUAUCACACUGACUAAUCCUCAGAACAUCUGAUUUCAAAAUCAUGAUUUCUGAAAGUCAACAGAUUGUCUAUUUGACCUGCCUGUGUGUCCCAAUGAAAAGCUGCUAGUUUUUUGUUUUUUGUUUUAAACUAAAGCUGUUGGUGAGGUUGAGCUUUGCUUAAUCAUAAAUGAUAGGAAACAAACUUUUAAUGGAGUCUAGGUUGAAAACCAGUGAACCCACCAUUUCAGCUUUUGCUUAUUUUUGUUGAUUUUUACAAGUAGAAAUGUAAAUUAUUUGAUGACAAAAUCUAUUUUAAGUAAAAGAGUUACAUGUUUACGAUGAAAAGUGUUGUCUUGAGAGACUUUUUUUUUUUUACCUGCAUCAGUUGCUUCUUUUGAUCAUUUGAGUAAAAGUGA